AUGGCAUCCAACCCGAAUCCGCCCCCUCAGCCCCCUCCGCACUACACGCCAGGUUCCAUGAACUUUUGGGACUUUGUCAACGGAUUCAACCCCGCCCACCAGCAGCCCGGCAUGGGCACCGACCACGCACCUCCUCCUCCUCCUCCCCCUCCCCCCUUCCCGUUCCCCUUCCACGCCGGUCCCCACGGCCCGGGACCGUGGUGGAUGCCUUUCGGCCCCCCGAACCCCUGGGCCCCGGGCGGAGGUGAGGGAGGCCCGCCCCGCCGCCAUGGGAGACGCCACUGCGGCCGCCGCCGGUGCCACGGCGAGUGCGACCAGUCGGCUUCCUCGUCGCCGUCCUCUUCCGACGACGAAGGUGGUGCCGCCGCUGCUGGCCCAUCGACCGAGGGCAACAAAGAAGCCAACACGACCGGCGCCGAGGGCGAGAAGGAUGCGUCGCCCGAGACGGGUGAGAGGGGUGGUGGACGCCGUCGCCACCAUCGCCACCACGGUCCGCCACCGCCCCCCGGAGGUGGUCCUCACCACCACUACCACCACCACCACCGUCGCCGCCCGGGCCCCAGGCCUGGCUUCAACGGCGAGCCUUGGAUGGCCACGCUGGCGUCGCACCCGCUCGCCCAGCAGCUGCGGAACUACAUAGCAUCGACCGUCGCCGCCCCGGGCGGGAUGGGUGACGCCCGUGCGGGUGCCACCGCCGCCGCCGCUGCUGGUGCUACUGCGGGUGACGCUACCGGGCAAGAAACCGGGACGCAGGAGACUGCUGCCGCGGCAGCAACCGGCGAGAAUAACAACAACAACAACGACGACGACGGCGUCGACACGUUUUCUCCCCCGGUCGACAUCUUCGAGGUGCGCGGGUCGGGCGACCCCAACACGGCGACGGCGAGCGCCUGGGUGGUGCACGUGGCCGUGCCGGGGGUCAAGAAGGAGGACGUCGGCGUGUCGUGGGAGGCGGAGCGCGGCGUGCUCAACAUCUCGGGCGUCGUGUACCGGCCCGGCGACGAGGAUUUCCAGCGUGGGCUGGUGAGCGCCGAGCGCAGGGUCGGGUUGUUCACGCGCGACGUGAAGCUGCCGCCUCAGAACCGGAGGGAGGGAGCUGGUGGUGCCGGAACCAAGGAGGAGAUUGACGGCGAUGGCAUCACGGCCAGGCUGGAGGACGGCGUGCUGGUGGUCACGGUCCCGAGCCACGAGAGAGAGUGGACCGAGGUCAGGAAGGUUGAUAUCAUGUAG